AUGUCAACUUAUACUGAGCAGCAUAAUGUUCCACCCCAGAUCCCUUUGGGGAAAUAUUUAUUCCAUAGAUUGAAUCAGCUUAAUGUCACUACAAUUUUUGGGCUUCCGAGCGAAUUUAACUCCCCAUUACUCGAUCAAAUCUAUCAGAUACCCUCGAUGCGAUGGUGUGGUAAUGCUAACGAACUUAAUGCUUCGUAUGCUGCCGACGGCUACUCCCGUAUUAAACGUCUUUCAUGCCUGGUUACAACUUUCGGGGUCGGUGAAAUGUCAGUGCUUAACGGAAUCGCCGGGUCAUUUUCGGAGCAUGUUGCAGUAUUGCAUGUUGUUGGGAUGCCACCGUCAUCAGCGCAGCUUAAGAAACUGCUUCUCCAUCACACCCUGGGCAAUAGUGAUUAUGACAUUUUCCAUAGAUUGGCAAGUGAUAUCUGUGUUCAUACUGCUGUACUUAAGGAGAGCGAUAACAUCUGUGAUGUGAUUGACAACUGUAUCGUUCGUUGUUAUAACCAACAACAACCGGUUUAUUGUGGAAUCCCCGUGAAUCUUGCAGGCCACUUGGUCGAUAGCAAAAGCUUAGAUUCUCCGCUACAUUUAAUGCGUGGUUUCAACCAACCUAUCAGUGAUGCAGUUGAAGAACUUGUGGACAUAUUGCUGGAAAAAAUAUAUUCGGCACAACAUCCAGUCAUUGUGGCAGAUGGUUGUGCUUCUAGACAUGACUGUAUUGAAGAAUUAACAGAAAUUGCACAGAAAACCGGCUUUCCGCUUUGUUGUACACCAAUGGGCAAAGGGUCGUUUGAUGAACAAAGUAAACGUUAUGUUGGGGUCUAUAUGGGGUCUAUAUCUUCUCCUCAAGUACGAGAGGUGGUGGACUUUGCUGAUUUCGUCCUUGUGGCAGGCGCACUCACUGCCGAUUACGCUACUUCUUCCUACCAUUUCUGUUACAAGCCCAAAAACAUUGUUCUUCUUUUCGAUAAAUAUGCCAAAGUAUCAGGUACAAAAACGUACCCUGAUGUACGCUUAAAAGACGUUUUACAGUUGCUCGCUCGAUGCCUGGACCCAACCAAACUACAAUACAUCCAGGAAGAAAUCCCGGAAAGCUCCUGUCUGCGUGUCAAACCGGAUGCUAAUACACCACUUAGACAGGAGUGGAUGUGGGCCCGUCUGUCUCAUUGGUUUAGACCUGGAGACGUUAUCGUGACCGAAAUGGGCACUUCUGGACUCGGAGUGAACCAAAUUAAAUUCCCUUCUGGCACAAAAGUUGUUUCCCAGCCUCUCUGGGGGUCUUUGGGUUAUUCCGUUGGUGCUUGCCUCGGCGUUCUCAUCGCGGUCCAAGAGGAAUCCAGAGGUAACCGACUUAAAGAUAACAGGAUUAUUCUCUUUGUUGGCGACGGUGCUUUACAACUUACCGUCCAAGAGAUAAGUACCAUCAUCAAAUGGGGAUUGGCCCCAUAUAUAUUUGUCAUUAACAACCAGGGAUAUACUAUUGAUAGAUUAUUAAGCCGUGAUACACAUCAUGCAACAGCUGAUUACUACAAUAUUCAACCCUGGAACAACCUUUCAAUAAUCCCCGCAUUUGGCGGUACCAAUUACGACGUCCGUAAAGUCGUCAAGGUUGGCCAACUAGACCAACUCUUAAAAGACCAAAGAUUUUCGAAUCAAGAUAUACUAAAAAUGGUCGAGAUAAUUCUCCCCUCAAUGGACGCUCCACAAGCACUUUUGGAAAAUUAUGUUUCCUCAGACAUCGAACACUCGACUCAACCAAAACGGCCAAAACUAGCCUGA